AUGAUCAGCAGCUGCUAUAUCUGGUCAUGGCGUCGUGAUGACCCGUGUCGACCCGUGUCUUGUGAUGGAGUCUUCACCACCUCGGUGCUUUAUGGAUCUCUGGCUUUGUUCAUCUCAAUCCUCCACAACGUCUUUCUACUGUACUACGUGGAGACGUUUGUGUCCGUUUACAAGAUUGAUAAAGUCUCCUUCUGGGUGGGCGAGGCAAUUUUCUUGAUAUGGAACAGUGUGAAUGACCCACUCUUCGGCUGGGUGAGCGACCACUCCUUCCUCAGCUCUCCACAGUCAGGGUCGCAGAUCACGUCCCCAGAGGUGGUCCUAAAGCGCCUCAAAGCCCUCUCCACAAACGGGCCCCUGUUCGCCCUGUCGUUCCUGGGAUUCUGGGUGGCGUGGGCUCGACCCGGUCUCCAGUUCCUGCUCUGUCUGUGCCUUUACGAUGGCUUCCUUACCAUGGUGGACCUCCAUCACAGCGCGCUCCUCGCCGACCUGGCCGUGUCCGCCUCCGACAGAAAUCGUCUCAACUUCCACUGCUCGGUUUUCAGCGCGCUCGGGUCCAUCUCCGUGUUUCUGUCCUAUUCUUUCUGGGACAAAGAGGACUUCUACUCUUUCCGCCUGUUCUGUGUGGCUUUGGCGACCUUCUCUGUGCUGGGAUUCUUCUUUGUGUCUCGGCUCCUGCGUCACCGCUUUCAGAAAGAAAUCCGACCAAAACAAGAUGAGGCCCAGGCGCUGAAAGAGUUAAGCGUGAAUGCUCCUCAUAAUCAAUCAGAGAAACCCGUCACUGUUGGGCAAUACCUGAGGCAACUUUCCAAGCACAAAAACUUCCUGUGGUUUGUUUGCAUGAACCUUAUCCAGGUUUUUCACUGUCACUUCAACAGCAACUUCUUCCCUCUUUUUUUGGAACACCUUUUGUCUGAUAAUAUAUCUGCCUCAACCGGUUCUAUACUGCUUGGCAUCUCUUACAUUGCCCCCCAUCUGAACAACCUGUAUUUCCUGACCCUGUGCCAGCGCUAUGGGGUUUACCAGGUCAUACGCUGGCUCUUUAUGCUCAAACUGGGACUUAGCCUGGCUAUGCUGCUAGCAGGGGCUGACCACAUUUACCUGCUGUGCAUCUUUAUUGCUAGUAAUCGAGUAUUCACAGAGGGAACCUGCAAGCUCCUGAAGCUGGUGGUCUCAGAUCUGGUGGAUGAAGACUUCGUGCUCCACAAGAGGCAGCAGGCCACGUCCGCGCUCCUCUUCGGGAUGGUGGCGCUGCUGACUAAACCUGGGCAGACCUUCGCUCCUCUUAUCGGCACCUGGCUUCUAUGUGUUUACACAGGUUAUGACAUUUUCCAGAGGCCUCCAGAGCCGGACUCGGUGGCCCCGUUGCCUGAAGUGGCCUCCGCUGCCGGGUCGCCCCCCCUGAGAAUCGGCUGCUUCUACAUGCUGGUGUUUGUGCCUAUCACCUGUGCCCUCCUCCAGCUCACUGCCUGGUUUUCUUCAGACAUCAGCCCAGACAGAGACGCCUGGAAUAACUUUCAGGAUGUUGACAUCUCCUUGACCAGCCCUGCACAGAGAAGCAUGGAGGUGGUCUCUGUGGAACAUGAGUUUGAAUACACCACUCGAAAAGGCCGUCUCAUCUCCAUCAAACCCAACGAGAGCUUCCUCCUCAUCACCAAAACCAACGAUCACUGGUGGCACGUGUGCAGGGAUCUGAACUCUGCCCCUUUUUACGUCCCUGCAUUAUACAUGAAGAAGUCUGAAAGUGAGACUUUGGACGAUGACAGUUUUGAGUUCCCGCCUCCCCCAACACCAACUUUAUUUCACGAAGAAGGAUUACCCACUUUUAAACCGGACGCUGAGACUAAAUGUGGAUCCAACAAAACACACAAAUAUGAGAUUACAAAGAAGAAAGACAUUAAAAAGCAGAGCAUGAGUACAACUUACCCUGUUGUCCCACCCCCCAGGAAGGUGGAGGAUGACCAUUCGGCCGUUUAUGUCAACGUAGAGCAGGUUCGUAAGAGCAUCUCAUCCACCUCCCCCCCGUCGGCCCCCUCCUCCUUCUCCCCGCCCUGUCUCGACCCAGAGGGAUGGGAGGUCCACUUUGACCAGGACAGCGGCCAGGACUACUUCUACCACCCCGCCACGGGCCACACCACCUGGGACAACCCCUUCACGGACUGCACCCCCUCGGAACUGAAGCCCGGACACUACACGCCGUCUCCUCCGCAGACUCCACCCAUUUCGCCCUCCUCCGACUGGGAAGAGUUGGUGGAUGAGAGCAGUGGUCGGACCUACUUUUACCACACCAUGUCUGGGGAGACGUCCUGGGACCCGCCCGUGAUGGAGCCCAUGAGCGUGCACAGGUUUCACGAGGACGGCCCGCCGCCUCUUCCUGAAGAGGACUAUCCCCCAGACGACUACCCGCCCGUGGACCCACCCGAGCAGUAUGAGGACUAUGUGGCGGCCGGACCCUCUCCCCCCCUCUCUUCAGAGUUCAGCCUGUGCCACGUGACCCGCACCAUGAUCCCCCGCGCCUCCCUGGACCGCAGCACUCCCGCCGGCUGGAACCUGAAUGUGGAGAACGGGACGUGGAUCUUCACCAACGAACACACGCCUGAGCAAUGGAUCAAGUCCGUGGAUGAACAGGGCCAGACCUACUAUUAUCUGAGAGGCGGCUCCAGAUCCCAGUGGACCCUUCCAGAGGCCCCUCUUCCUCCCGGACAUCUGCGUGUGGAGAACGGAGGACUGGAAGCAGAAAACACAAAUGUGAUCAAGAACUGGAGGCACAGUAUGGGCCCUGCCUCUCUGAGCCCGUCCCAGGACGAAGGGAGGUUUGUUCCCACUCACAGAAGAACCACGUCGGACUACAGCAGCGACAGCUCCAGCACCGGGAACUCCCCUGAAAUUCAGCACAACGUGAAUAAUUUGGAAAAAGCUGGAAUUCUCAACAAAACUAAAAUAUGUGAAAACGGCAAAAAAGUGAGGAAAAACUGGGCACAAACUUGGACCGUUCUUCAACAUGGAGUUCUGACAUUUCAUAAAGACCCCAAAUCUGCUGCGACAGGAGCCUUGAACAAGACCAAUCAGAUUGUGCCUGAGAUUCAAGUGGACCUGAGAGGGGCCACCAUCAACUGGGCGUCCAAGGACAAGUCCAGCAAGAAGAAUGUGCUAGAGUUGAAAAGUAAGAACGGUGUGGAGUUUCUCGUACAGUACGACACAGAGAGCAUCAUCAGCGACUGGCACAAGGCCCUCGGAGACACUAUACGACAGCUGGAAUACCAGGAGCACCACUCAGAAGAGGAAGACGACCUUUAUGAGAAAAUCCCAAAUCUCCCCAACAUCGAACGAGACGAAAAGGCAGGACUCCAGGACAAGAGGAGAUCCUCCAGAAACAGCGUCACUCACUCGUCCAGUAACGCAGCGGAGGCCGAUCAGAAGAGAGUCAAGACCAAACUCAUGAAGUUCCUCCUGAAACGUCCCACGCUGCAGUCUGUCAAAGAGAAGGGCUACAUCAGAGACAGCGUGUUCGGAUGCCCUCUAGACACACUGUGCAAACUGGAGAGCGCUUCGGUCCCGAGUUUUGUCGAGAAAUGCAUCAGGGCUGUGGAGAGAAGAGGUCUAGAAAUCGACGGUCUUUACAGAGUGAGUGGAAACCUCGCUGUCAUUCAGAAACUUCGCUUCAAAGCUGAUCAUGAGGAGCUGGACCUGGAGGAUGGACAGUGGGAGGACGUCCAUGUGAUCACAGGAGCACUGAAGCUGUUUUUCAGAGAGCUUCCUGAGCCGCUUUUCCCUUUCAGUCACUUUAACAAAUUCAUAGAAGCAAUCAGACAAUCAGACUAUUACACAAAGUUGUCUUACAUUUGUAAUCUGGUCAAGUCUCUGCCACAACCAAACCGCGACACCAUGAAGCUGUUGUUUGGACAUUUACGCAAAGUUAUAGAACACGGAGAGGACAAUCGGAUGACGGUGCAAAACGUGGCCAUAGUGUUCGGCCCAACGCUGCUUCGACCAGAAAACGAGUCCAAUAACCUCACGAUGCACAUGGUCUUUCAAAACCAGAUUGUCGAGUUUAUCCUGAACGAAUAUGAGCCAAUCUUCCACUGA